GAUGACUUAAUGUCCUGCUGCUCAGAUAAACUGUGGCCAACCUCACGUCGAUUGUGAAUUGCUGGAAAAAUGAGUACCCGAGGUGGAGUUCCCUAUAUUGGAAGCAAAAUAAGUCUGAUAUCCAAGGCACAGAUUCGUUAUGAAGGUAUAUUAUCUUCUGUAGACACGGAAAGGUCCACUGUUGCUUUAGCCAAAGUCAAAUCCUAUGGGACGGAAGACCGGCGCACUGACAGUCCAGUUCCACCUAAAGUUGAAAUGUAUGAGUACAUAAUAUUUCGAGGAAGUGACAUUAAGGAUAUCACUGUGUCUGAGCCAGUGAAAACACACCAUGGGCUCCCUCGAGAUCCUGCUAUUGUACAGUCAUCUCUAGGAUGCCCUAGUGGAUAUCACCCACGAAGGAGUUAUUACAGAGACAUGAUGCCCACCUACAAUCAGCUAGGAGAAACCGCUCUCCUCAACCAGCAUUAUAAUGCGGCAAUGGGUCUAGGAUUUCAUGGUAUUCCCGCCAGGAGAGUUCCUAUGGUUGAGCAGGCAGUUCAGACAGUACCGUUAGCCAGCAGCGCUCAGAAAAAGGGGAAAUCGUCACCGCAGCCACAGCAGGUCAAACGGACUGUUCGACCAGUCCCGCGCGCAGUUUCCCAAGUUCAGAAAGAGAAUGUCCAAAGCGAUCAAACUGCAUCACAGCCAAGUGGAGGAAAGUCACAAGGCCAAAGCACAGAUACUCAAAAACGAAGGCAAAAACAAGGGAGUCGCAGGUCCAGGAACCGUAGCAGAGGCCAGCUCCUUGUAAAGAACUCAAAGCCUACAACUUUGAAGUUUGAGUCAGAUUUUGAUUUUGAAACUGCAAAUGCUCAGUUCAAAAGUGAUCUCACGAAGGAGAGUGUAGUUGAAAAAGUGGACUCAUUAGAAGCCCUUGAGAGUCCUUGUACACAAAAAGGGACACUUGGAGAUAAAUGCUAUGACAAGAGUAAGGGCUUCUUUGACAAUAUGUCAUCAGAUAUGAAGCCCAGGAGGACCACUUGGGCUGAGCAGAAAAAGUUGAACCUGGAGACUUUUGGAGUGCAGGGAAGUUUCCUGAGAGGCAGAGGAUUCCGGGGCCGCAGAGGGCAGAGCAAAGCUGAAGAGCGACCCCUCCCAAAAAUUGAUGGUGGGAGAGUGUAAAAAUAUUUUUUCUCCCCCUCACCCCCUGUAAAUAGAUGAUAGUUUUCUACUUAUUUAAGAAUUGCCCCCCUUUCAAUCUGGAGCACGUAAUGUAUGUUUUUGUUACCAAUUAUGCCUUAAGGGGAAUACUGUACAUUUUCUAUAAUCCUAAAAGGUAGAGUAAUUUAUUUUAUUCCAGCAGCUGUACACCAAGUGAAUGCCUUGAUUUGUAGUUCGGCAUGCAACAAGUCUUGAACAGUGUUAUCAGGCAUGCAAUUUAAUUUUGUCACUGUACGUCCAGAUGUUUGACUGUCCAUUUCAAUCCAGAUUGGUAAUUGACGGUUAACUCUACUUUAUUUUCCCCUUACCUGUAAAUCAAUGGUGUAGACGUUGCUAUUAAAAAAGGUGAUUAAUUGAAA